ACAUUGCACAGAAAAUGACUCCUAACAAAUUCAUACACUACACCCGCCUCUUUCGUUCCCACACAUUUCUAUUCAUUACUGAAAAGGACUCCUACCAACAAUACUUUCCCACCCAUAAAUCGCCCCCUCUCUCUCUCUCUGCGAGCAAAUCAUAAGGAGUCUCUAUAUCUCCCUAAUGUCUUCUUCCAGCAAAAACAAGCUCCUCGCUACCAUUCUCACAGCCAAUAUUCCAGGCUGCGAUUGCGGCAGGCCGAAGCUCUCCGACGUAUACGAGCCAACCCCAAAACCCAAAAUCCAAAUCCACAAAAACCCUAUUCACAGAUCCCACUCCUCUUCAAGUUCCGGUGAUCAAAAUGGCAAGAGUGUCACCGUUGACGAUGACGAAGAUCAGUGCACCUCCACCACCGUCUCUUUCAACAACUCGUCCUCACAGUCAAAGCCAUUCGAUUCAGCAGAGGGUACGAAUCCGAAGAACACAAAGAUUUCAAGCCCGAAUACAACGAAAACCAGCGGCAGCAUUGCGGUGGUGAAGGAAUCAAACGACCCGUAUCAGGAUUUCAGGCAGUCGAUGCUGCAGAUGAUUGUGGAGAAGCAGAUUUACUGGAAGGAGGAUCUGCAGGAGCUGCUCCGCUGCUUUCUGGAACUCAACUCUCCGUCCCACCACGAUGUUAUUAUCCGAGCAUUCACACAAAUCUGGAACGAUCUGAUCAGAGAAAGCAAGAAGCCGAUGAUCAUGUGAAUCCCAGAUAGGCGCCGCGUUCUAACUGUGUAGGUUUAAUGAUUUUGUAGUUGAGCUAUCAUUGUUGUUUUCCAAGUUUGGUUGGUGCUCAGGCAUUUGAGGGUGCAUAGAUUGUUGACUGUUCCAUUAGAUCUCAAUACUUUGAUUGUACAAGUA